UGUAUAACAAACGAAAUCAAAUCUAUUAUCAACAUUCUCACAGGUGCGUGUCACGGUGAAGAUGGCGUCUACUUCUAUGGUUUAUUACACUUUAUACCAUUAUCGGAUCAGGAUAAGCGCUUAGUUACUGCUUGCCAGAAUGUGUUGUACUCAUAUGCCAGCAGCGGUAUUCCUUCAUUCGAUGGGACAGACGUUUGGCAACCAACGGGAUCUGAAGAGCUGACAUACUUGUUCAUAAAUGGACCAGAAGACAUGAAGCUGCACAGGAGCGAAGAAUUGAGACCAAUUGAGUUUUGGAGCAAGCUUGGGCUCCUGGAGAAUGAAAACCUUAUUGUAAAAAAUAAACUGUAGAUUUAUAGUUACAUAUAUGAACUAUAAAAAUAUCUAACAAGAUAAAAAAUGGUCGAUUUCAUCGCUUUGCUUAUUGUUAUAAUUGUUUUAUUAAUCUUAGGGUAGAGUAGCCAUAUGCUAGACUUGUAACCUAUGCUUUUAAAUAAAGACUAAUAUUAUUACUA